AUGAAAUUUAAUAUUGAAUCAAUGACUUCAUAUAACAGUAUUCAUCCAACUUAUCAACACACUGAACAAUUUGAAAAUAAUAUUGAGUCUUACCGUGAUGGUACCCAGUGGUUUGGUAUUUUACUCGCUUUCAUAUCUGGUGCUUUUUUUACUAUAAGUUCAGGUCUUGUUAAAGCUGUUAAAAAUGUCGACCCUAUGGUUCUACUUGGAAUUCGUGCAAUUCUACAAAUUAUAACUACAAUUUUGAUAGCUAUUCGAUAUGGGAAAAAUCUUGUUGGGCCGAAAGGAUCCCGACUACUGCUCAAUUUUCAAGGAAUAGUCGGAGGGAUGACUUUAGCAUUGCUAUAUUAUAGUUUUAGAAAACUACCUCUUGGUGAUGCAACUACUAUUAUCUUCAGUUCUCCUAUUAUCGUUUUAGUGUUAUCAUUUCUUUUUCUUAAAGAACCAUGUGGAGUUUUACGAAUCUUCGUAGUGACUAUACUUUUUACCGGAGUUAUUUUAGUAUCAAGACCUCCGUUUAUUUUUCAGAUUCAUGAAACAGAAUCUUACGAUAUGAUGGGUUACAUUUGUGCUAUUGCAGCAACUUUCUUCACAGCAUUAAACAUUGUUAUAAUGAGAAAAUGUUCAGAAAUUCAUUACUCUGUUGUUGUUCUCAACAUUUCAAUGUGGAUUCUUGUCUCAUCUAUUCUAUUUUUUUUCUUUGUUUCGGAAGCUCAUCAACAUAUCCAAGCGUUUCCACAUGACUGGGUGACAUGGGGUCUAAUACUUUUGGUUGCUGCAACAGGACUUUGUGGUCAAAUUUUAGUCACUAAAGCUUUAAAAAUCGAAGGAGCGGGUAAAGUGUCUGUCACACGUUCUCUAGACAUUAUAUUAGCGUACGUUAUUCAAGUAUACUUUUUUGGGGAUAUACCAAACUCUACCAGUAUUAUUGGUGCAGUUUUGAUACUUGGUGCUGUUAUUACAAUAGGAUUUGAAAGAGAAAUUUAUGGAAUUUGUGAUUAUAUACCUUAA